UUCACUAUAAUAAAAUUUUAGACUUUAAUAAUCUUUUACUCAUAACCGUAGAAUAGAUUGUUUGUAAACAAACUAUUUCGAUAAACGCAGAUGGUUGGGAAAAGUGAAGUUAAAUGUUUGAAGAAUUUUUUUAGAAGACAAGAGUAAACAUAAUUGUCUCAUGUAUUGUAUAACAUUAUUUUCAUGAUGGUUCUCUCAAGAAUUAAUCGAAGUUUGUUCAUAUUUCUGAAGAAUUCAGAACUUUUUUCUGCUCGUUAUAAUAGAAUUUUUUCUACAUCUGCUAAUACUAUUGAUUCUAUUGAUGGGCAAACUGAUAUGCAUGAUACUGCUGCCCAAUCAUCGACCCAGAGUUCACACUUUUGGAACAAAAGAAUUCCUAUUAAAGUUGAGGAAUUUAAGAUGCAAAAAGAAUUAACCCCUUGUCAACCUGUGAAUCCUCAUCUUUUAAAAGUUUCAAUUUUAGGAGAACCAAAUGUGGGAAAAUCUACCUUAACAAACAAACUUGUUAAAUGGAAAGUAUGUGCUGUUUCAAAAAAAGUUCACACAACAAGGAAAAAAGCUGCUGCAAUUUUUGUGGAAGAUAAUAAACAAAUUGUAUUUCUAGAUACGCCUGGUUUUGUUACUCCAGAAUUAAUCAAAAAACAUCAUUUAGAGGCUGCAUUUGUCAUGGAUCCACGAAGAUCAAUAAAUGAAUCUGAUAUUGUUGCUGUAGUUGUUGAUAUUUCCAAUAAAUGGACAAAUAACAGAAUAAAUGAAAAUAUUUUAGAAGUUUUAGAAGAAUAUAGGCAUAAGAAAUCCAUUCUGAUUUUAAAUAAGAUAGACGCAAUGAAAUCGAAAGGCAGAUUACUCAGUUUUACAAAAAUACUGACCUGUGGUACGAUAAGUGGUAUUGAAAAUUCAACAGAAGUAUCUGAGAAUGUUACUUCAACGGAAGACUUAUCAGAUCUAGAAUCAGAUGAAAAAAAUAUUUCAAAUUCUGCUGUUACUGCCAGUAAAAGCCAUAAAAGAGGCUGGCCAUCAUUUUCUAAAGUUUUUAUGGUGUCUGCCUUAAAAAAUGAUGGAAUUGAUGAAUUAAGGAACUAUUUAUUGAAUGAAGCUCACCCAGGAGAAUGGAUAUAUCAUAGCAGCACAGUUACUGAUCAGCAUCCACAUGACAUUGCUCUUCUAAUUCUUCGGGAGAAACUUCUGGAAUACUUGCCAGAGGAAAUACCAUAUAAGCUUGAUUUGAGAAUCACUCAAUGGGAAACAUUACCUACUGGCAGUCCUGAAAUCUCAGUAAAGAUUGUAUGUUCUAAUUCAAGACAUAAGCGCUUUGUGAUUGGACCUGGUGGAAGUCAUAUUACUAACUGUGUUGAAAGAUACAGAAAUGCUCUAAAAGAAGCUUUCAAAAAAGACAUUCUAAUUCAUGUAGUUGUUGCAUAGAUCUAAUAAAUUGAUUAAUUUAUACAAA